GAGUUGUGUACCUAGAGGGGAACCUCCUUCCUUCUUCCGGCCACACCCCCUCAUCUCACACGUGGGGCAAGCUGGCUGGCCGGAGGCUGAGAGGAAAUGGCAGCCGUGGGAAGCGCUGCCCCAGCGUCCCUAGGCCUUCCCUUCCAGGCGAUGCUGGAGCAAGGAGUCCCAGGGAGAGGAGAAAACCCCGGAGGGAUCAAGCCAAGCAAAGAUGCCAGAAAAGCUGGGAAAGCCCUCCAGGUCGGGAUGCGGAAGGAUCCGGGCCCCUGGGCAGCCCCUCAGCCGGUGAAACAAGAACCAGGGGAGACGAUGCCCCACGGCUGGGAAGGGUCCCUGCAGGAGUUCCUGAAGGCAGCCCAGUCUCCCCACCCGGGAUGGGGCAACCCACAGCUCCUCAUGCCCACACCGUGGGAGGAGAAUGGGAAGGCUUUCCUGAGCCCGUUUGAGGCCCCCGCCGACGCGUGGCUUUGGCCGAGAGGCGAGUGGGGCCCCCGGCCGUUCGCGGGAGACCUGCAGCCGCCCUCUUACGCCUCGGAGGCAAGAGACAGAGCGGAAGGCGGGAAAUUAAAAGCAGAGGCCUCAGCGUCAGACCCCGUCGGGGUGGAGGUCCAGCGCCGGCGUUUUCGGCAGUUUUGCUACCUGGAGGCCGAGGGGCCCCGGGAGGUUUGCCUCCACCUCCGGGCCCUUUGUCGGCUCUGGCUGGAACCCGAGAGGCACACCAAGGAGCAGAUCCUGGAGCGGGUGAUCCUGGAGCAGUUCCUGACCAUCUUGCCGGCGGAGAUCCAGAGCUGCGUCAGGGAACAGGGGGCCGAGACCUGCGCCCAGGCGGUGGCGGUGGCGGAGGAGUUCCUGAAGACAAAGCAAGAGCCGAAGAGUUGGGAACAGCAGCAGGUACCAAAGACUUUCCGGGAAACUCCCAAGGCUGAACAAGGUCCGCCGGACAAUAGACGGUGGCAGCUCUAUAGGGAGAGCAAACUGGAUAGUGACGGAGAUGCGAGUUCACUGGCUGGCGAAGGCUGGGUGAGUGAAAAUGAGGAGGAGAAACCUCAGCGAACAUGUGCAGAGAAAACAGACCCCUCCGGGAGGUCUGGGUUCUUGUGCCAGGAGCAGCUGGAGACCUUUGAGGGUGAACUCAAAGUGGAGAAUCUGCACGAGGGCCCCUUCGGGGAGGGAGAAUGUAAGCCGGUCCCUUGUCAGAGACUUGGCCACAAACUCAGUGAAACCGCUGUCCGGGAGAGGCUCCACGGAGACCGGUGUAAAAAGGUGUGCAUGGAAUGUGGCAAAUCUUUUGGCCGUAGCUCGGAUCUCCUCAAACAUCGGCGGACCCACACGGGGGAGAAGCCUUUCCAGUGCCUCCACUGUGGGAGGAGCUUCAGCGACCGCUCCAACCUGAUCGCUCACCGGCGCAUACACGCCGACAAGAAGCCCUAUCAGUGUUUGGACUGCGGGAAGAGUUUCUGCCAAAACUCGUACCUGGUCCGCCACCGACGGACCCACACGGGGGAAAAGCCGUACAAGUGUUCCUACUGCGGGAAAGGUUUCAGCGACAGCUCGAACCUGGUGGUCCACAAGAGGACCCACACAGCCAGUGACAAGCCGUACCGGUGCCUGGACUGUGGGCGGAAGUUCGGCGACCCGUCUCUCCUCGGCAGGCACCAGCGCAUGCACGCCAAAGAACGGCCAUACAAUUGCUCGGAUUGCGGGAAAACCUUCCGUCACCGCUCGGAUCUCGUGCGCCACCGGAGGACCCACACAGGCGAGAAGCCCUUCAAAUGCCUGGAUUGCGGAAAGGGCUUCAGCCAGCGUUCUCACUGCAGUACACACGAGAGAAGGCACAGCAGGCAGAAACUGUACUCGCAAUGUUCAGAUAAUGGGAAAGCCUUUGGCCUGGUGGACCUUGAACUUCCACCCAAGGAUGAAGUGGCUGACACUUCUCCGAGAAUAGUGACCCAAAAGGACAUGAAGAUGGGGCAUAUGUGUGUCCUCCUUCACACCGAAUGGGGUUACUUAUAGUCAAGUUGUCAGGUGUGUUUGCCGCAGCCUGGUCGCUUGGAGGAAAUUCUCAGCGCACCCUAGGCGAAUAGCAGGGAAGGCUAACUGGUGAGGGACUUUUCUCACCUUUUCUUUUCACAGAGCAAAACAUCCCAAUAAGCCACCUGCCCCUCUGCACAGGCUUCCUGAUUUUUUAACAUUUAGAUCAAGAACUUCCAGGCAGGAUCUGAUGCAGAAAUCAACAUUUUUGGGGGAUGGCCUUGGUUUUUUGUGUUUUUAAAAUGCGAGUUUCUUCUGCUCUUCACUGCCAAACAAACUCUGCAUUGUCUAUCUGCAUAGACAAUGUCUGGGGAGAUCUUGGAAGCCCAAAUGAGUGGUAGCAGGGUGAAGGGGAUGAGGUGGGAUUUUAUAGCCUGCAAGAGGCUGCAAUUCUAUUCCACGGCUGAAAACUGAAGAGCCUGCCAGGUUUAUGUACAUUGUAAGUGGUUCAGGUUCACUUUUCCCUUCAGAAGUUUUGGAUCAUUCCAGCACAGCAAGUCAGGUGCCCGGAUCUUGAAGCAGCGGGUCAGAGAAGAUUUCCUGUAUCUUAAGGGAGAAGACGGGGUGGGGAAAACAGGCAGGGAGGUGCUGAGUUGGGAUCCACCAGACCUGCUGGAAGAACAAAGUUCCACAGUGGAAGGGCAAAUUGGUUUGGCAUGGGUAAAAUUUUGGAGGAGCACCGUGAUGCAAUGGUUAAACUGCAGUGCUGCAGUCAAACCUCUGCUCACAACCUGAGUUCAAUCCCAGCAUGUUCAGAUAACUGGCUCAUGGUUGACUCAGCCUUCCAUCCUUCUGAGGUUGGGACAUUUGAGUACUCAGCU